GCUUCAUGAAAGAGAGGAGGAUGUGAAGUAACAGGGGCAGAACUCUGCAACAGAUCUUCUACUGAGAGCUCAGACAAGACAGAGCAACUUCCAAGUAGAAGAUGUGGAUGCAGAAAGCUAGAUUUUCCAUCAUCUGAUCCUGAAAUUCUUGAGUGACACUGCUCUGCAAUAUGGCUUGUUGGAAAAGGCAAGUGGAAAUGUCCAAGGAAGACGAAUUACCAUUCUCCGUGUCUUACUGUCAGACCCAAGGGGAGGAACAUUCAGAAGAACUUCACAAUGGGCAAAGGCUUAUGGUUCUCACAGCUCACAAGUCCUGUUUUUCUACGUUUUUUGAUAUGAAUCUUAUGGUAGAGAGAUUGAAGACCAUGGGAAUUCAGGUGACAGCUGACCAGUGGGAAAAAUUGAUUCAGUGUGCGGUGCUAGAGCCAGCGGUGAGGAAGCACCUUUUCUACAACUCCAGAGCAUUUGGGAUCUCAAUUGCUGUGGUUUUCUACGUGACCCUCUGGAUCAAUCUUUUUUCCACCCUGCAGAUAUAUUGCGUAGCGCAACCAUGGGAAAUCAGUAUUUUGGCCACUGCAAUUGCCCUGGUGGCUGCCUUGAUCAUCAGGCUCAUAAUGCAUCAAUAUCAAAGGAAGCUGAAUGUGAGUACAGACAUGAGACUAGCCGCUGCCAAUGAAGCUUUCAUGAAAAACAAAUUCCUGGUGGGGUUCACAAAUAUCCCGGAGAAGCAAUGUAGUGUUCCACAGCUCUGGUUUGUUCAUUUUGACGUGGGGCCAUGCCUUCAAUUCCUAGCAGACUCUCUGGCAGAAAUGAAAAGGAAUGAAAAGUCUGCUCUGAAGCACAACCUGAAAGAACUCUGCAUUGUAAUAGAGACUCCCAUCCUUCCAAGUCAGGAAGAAGGCCUGGGAAUUUCUUCAGAAGAUUCUGAACUGCUGCCUGAGAAAAAAAAGCGCGACCAAAGUGGCUUGGCGUACCGAGAGUUCCUCCAGCUUGUCCCAGAUGGAGCCCCUGAGGUGAUGGCCCAGCAGCUAUUGGCAAUCUUCAGUGGCUGCUACAUCAGACUUCUGGUCAGUGGUCAGCACACAGAGGUCGCUGCAAGACGACAUGUAUCACUCAACCACACCCCAUGCCUGUGCCAAUUCAUCGAGACUACAGUGCUGGCAAAGAGAUCCUCAUGGUUCAAGCUGAGGUGACCACUGGUGGAUGAAGUGGCCCUUUGCAUUAUGCACAGUAUUAACCAGAAUGGAGACCUAGAACCUGCAAACUGGGGGAAACAUUUCACAUGGUUGUCUGAAUUGGCCACAGUGACACGCACCUUAGUUACCCACUAUUUGCAUUGCUGUAACAUGCUCUACAUAGGAUUGCCUUUGAAAAGUGCUCAGAAACUUCAGCUGGCUCAAAGAGCUGCCAGAUUGCUGUCCCGGGCUGGUUAUAUAUGACCUAUAUGGCUUAGGUCCAAGCUAUCUGAAAUACCACAUUCCCUCAUAAGAACUUGCCCAGGUUUUGAGAGCUUCAAGGAAGAUCUGUCUCUUGCUCCCACCAUCCUGACAGGCAUACUUGGUGGAGAUGCAGGAGAAAACCUAUGUAGCUGCUGCCAGACUCUGAAACUCCCUCUCCAGAGAAGCCAGGCUGGCUCCCUCCUUGUAGUGUUUCUGCUGACAGGUACAGCAGGUACAGUCUUGUUCCAAUAGGCUUUGGGGAGCUGACUGCUUUUAAUGAAAGGGCUGGUGCUGUGCUGUUUUUAAUUCUAGCUAUUUUUUAUUGU